AAGUCUUCAGAUCUUUGUCAUAUUUAGCAUUUUUCCACGGAGCUCCCCGCAUAGGGUGGGAUGGUGAAGAGAUUUGCGAAUGAAUAUGCUAUGUAGACAGACGCAGAGAGAGAGAGAGAGAGAGAGAGAGUUUGUGUAUGUGUGUGUGACCAAAGCCUAGAAGUCAUGGAGUUAGUGACAGCAGGAAACUUUAAUCACUUCACUUAUAUAAAAUUCAUUGUUUGUAGCCUGUUUGUCAACUUCAGAGCGUCUCGCGGUGUUAGAAGACUGCCAAGAAGAGGAAGGACAGGGCGAGCUGUUUGGGAAGACAGUUCCUUCAGACCGAUACCACUACGUUUACGGUCCCAGAAUAGUGUGUGGGCUCGUGGCUGGGCCCGAUCAGAGCCGGCACCAUUGCGUCAAACGAGUGGAGUGCGAACGGGAGCCCUCAGCAGGGGCUGGAAGACGGCGGCGAUGAGCUCGAUAAGACAAUGGACAGUGAUGCAGAGGGUGUGUGGAGCCCCGAUAUUGAGCAGAGUUUCCAGGAGGCACUCGCCAUCUACCCGCCCUGCGGCCGCCGCAAGAUCAUCCUCUCCGAUGAGGGAAAGAUGUAUGGCCGUAAUGAACUCAUCGCCAGGUACAUUAAGCUGAGGACAGGAAAAACCCGCACAAGGAAACAGGUCUCUAGUCACAUACAGGUGUUAGCAAGGAAGAAAGUCCGCGAGUUCCAAGCGGGUAUAAAGGUUUCUAGCCAUUUGCAGGUUCUUGCCCGGAGAAAAUCUCGCGAAAUACAGUCAAAGCUGAAGGCCAUGAACUUGGAUCAAGCGUCCAAAGACAAGGCUCUUCAGAAUAUGGCGUCACUGUCCUCGGCCCAGAUCGUGUCUCCAAAUCUGAUCAAGAGCCAGCUUCCUCCACUGCCCCAGCCGCCCUAUGCACCUCCCCCUCGGUUUUGGCCGUCUCCAAUCCCAGGACAACCUGGAACCUCUCAGGACAUCAAGCCUUUUGUACAUACCUACACAAACCUAUCCGGACCUGUUCCACCUCCUAUAUCAGCGUACGAACCUUUGGCACCCCCUUUGCCCCCAGCAGCCACCGCUGUGCCCGUUUGGCAGGACCGCACCAUCGCCUCCUCUAAGCUGCGCAUGCUUGAGUACUCCGCCUUCAUGGAGGUUCCCAGAGACCAGGACACUUACAGCAAACAUUUGUUUGUACACAUCGGUCAGACCAACCCAUCAUACAGCGAUCCCCUGCUAGAGGCAGUGGACAUCAGGCAAAUCUACGACAAAUUCCCAGAGAAGAAGGGAGGGCUGAAAGAGCUGUAUGAAAAGGGCCCACAAAAUGCCUUUUUCCUUGUCAAAUUCUGGGCGGAUCUGAAUAGCAGCGAUAUGCAGGAUGGGCCUGGAUCUUUCUACGGCGUCAGCAGCCAGUACUGCAGCACUGAGAAUAUGACCAUCACCGUCUCCACAAAAGUCUGCUCCUUUGGCAAGCAGGUGGUAGAGAAAGUAGAGACAGAGUAUGCAAGAGUGGAAGGAGGAAAGUGUGUGUACAGGAUCCACCGCUCGCCCAUGUGCGAAUAUAUGAUCAACUUCAUCCACAAGCUCAAGCACCUGCCUGAAAAGUACAUGAUGAACAGCGUCUUGGAGAACUUCACCAUUUUACAGGUGGUGACUAACAGGGAAACACAGGAAACUCUGCUUUGCAUAGCAUUUGUAUUUGAAGUGUCGACGAGCGAACACGGGGCACAGUACCACGUCUACCGUCUCAUUAAAGACUAGCCACUCUGCCAGAACGGGUUUUACCAACGGACAUUCUGUCUUUUUGUCCAGACGUCAGAGCAAUACACCAGCAUGUAGCCAAGAGCGGAGGCAUUAUUUGUUUCCUUACUGUUCCGAGUAAAAGUGGAUGGAGGCUCAAAUAGAGGGCCACGCACAAACGGAAAUUAGAAAUGUAGUAUUGCUCUGUUAAAGGACAGUGUUUUUUUUUUUUUUUUAUACAUAUUUAAAUGCCUUAAAAACAAAGUGGGUCUCACAGGUUUUAUUGCAUACAAAUUCUAAAUUUUUUUUUUUUUUUGUUUUUUUUUUUUGCUCUUUCUGUUUUACUGAGGGACUAUGAAUGUUGAAAAUGUUGGCAGGAGGGUGAGGUUUUUGCAUUGGAAGACAAUGUGUGUCCUUAGUGCACAGUGCAUAUUAGAAGUAAGGACAAGGGCUCACAAAAUCAAUUUUUUUCAAUAGGACAGGUCUGAUGAAAAGAUACUGCUACUGUUUCUCCUACACGGGAACAAUAUUGAGCAAUAAAUUGAACUUUGACAUUAAGUAGGAAGAGCUACGGCCAUUUUGUCUUUUAAGUAAAGGACAAACAGUUUCAUAUAUAGUGAGCAAUCUUAACAGGCAACACAUUUGUUCCUGCACAUUUAGAAAGUGAGAAACACUGCGACACAUUUACAUUGGCCUGUCCUUUAUGUAACAAGGAGGUGUCAGAAGUAAGAAGGUUUACACGCCUACUGUAUAAGUCAGUGAAAAUUGCAAGUGCCUCUGUCCAAAGAACUCAGUGUGGGUGACAAGUGCCUUUUGACUACCUCUUGACAUAAAUCAAUACAAAUAUUCGCUAGUGUUUUGAUACUAAAGCAUGAUUGAGCAUUUAAGCCUUUUAAUCAAAUUUCAGUUCAGUUUGUUUGUUACUUGUAACGAGUACAUUGAAGCACGAGUAAGCAUUCAAAUGGCCUUGUUACAAAUGGAUAAUGGCACAUUGUACUAAAGAGAGGUUAACUAAGUGGAUAAGUUCAGCAUGUAGAUGUGUUUCGUGUUAAAUUAUCUUCUAAUACAAAGAAGAUGGCUUAACUGUGUCUGCCUAUGGGUAAUUUUGUGAUGGUAGUGGUACUUUACCCCUGAUUCAAAUGUAUUUGUUUUGUUGUUGUUUUUGACAAUGGAAAGUCCUGCCUUUUGUUAUUGUGUUCUCUGGUGCUUUUGGAUCCUUAGAGGAGAUUCAUCAUUAUAAAACUGUGCCUAAUAUGAGAUUGGCUUCUCACUGACUUCAAACUGCUAAAUGUAUUUUAAUCAGAAAUAAUAAUUUUUUUAAUGAAAAAUUGACAAGUGAUUUCAUCCUUGCCAUGUCAUUUUACCCUUAGUCUACUUGGUACUUUAUUAAUAUUAGGGUACUAUAUUGUCUGGCCCUUAUAAAAUAUUAAUUAAGUCUGGAAAAUAUCAUACUGUGUUUAAACUGAAGUGCCACAAAAUGUUCACUAUUUGUCUCCCAGUAUAAACUCCUGCUUUCACUGCAACAGAAGAGGGGCAAAACAAUCAAAUAUACAGUUGCAGGGCUUUCUUGUGCUGACAGUAUUUGUUGAUUCAUUUAAUUCCUUGUGAAGGGGUUUGCAUAAGCUUUAAUUGAAUUUACUGAAGAUUGAUUGAAUGAUUUUUAGAAAUGAAAUUUGUCCAGAAAUCCAUUCAUCGAUGCUAUUUAUGUUAAAAGGUACUUCAUGGUAAACGGACUGUGACAGGCUUAAGCUGUCAUUGGAUUGGUACACUCUUAGCAUAUAAAUGGUGGUGUCUGUGAACUUUGAUGACCGCUUCCUCAAUUGUACUUAUUUUUUACAGGCUCCUGGUUUUUUUGUUUUGUUUUGUUUUUUUGUUUUUGUUUUUGUUUUUUUAUUAUUAUUAAUUAUUAAUUUUAUGUUUGCUCUUCGACUUUCAGUUGAUGCUGUUUGCAUCAAUUGAAAAUUGUGUGUUACUGUUGAGAUUUUAUAUAAUAAUCUAAAUGGUGUUGGAGUUCCCCCCCCCCGAUUACCCAGUAACGGUUCACUGUGACCUUGGUUACCAAAUGUGCAUUGAAGUCAUUUAUGUUAUAUACAAUGUGAGGGUUUUGUACAAUAUUAUCUAAACAACAAUACCAAUACAGCAAUACCAAUAAAAAUGUCUUGGUUCCCCUUGGGA